UUCCUCACUGCCACGGCUCGCUUCCACCCAUCGUGGGGCUGACAAAGUAUACUCUAUGGUCGACAGUUAUUGGAGAUGGGGUUAAGAUGGCAAAUUAGUAAUGGUCAGACUGCUUCUCUACUUCAUUCCAACUGGGUACCUCGGUUACAUUCCUGUCCCUUAGUCUAUAACCCCCAGGUGUUACCAGACGGGGGUGACCCACCAGUAGCUGAGGUUAUCUGUCAGGGGGAAGGGCAUUGGUGUAACUAAAGACUCAGCCAGUGGUUUGACCCGCCUACCUGUUGUGCCAUCAAAGCUAUUCAUCUACCGAAUCAAAAUCUGGAGGAUAGACUGAUUUGGCAUGGCACGGUUGAUGGGAUUUUUACGGUUAAAUCAGCCUACCAUUUUUUUGCCUUACUUGACAAGCGAAGUGGGCGUUGGUGGUCCAUGGCUAGUUGGAUGUAUAAACCUAGUUGGAUUCGUUUAUGGGAUGCUAAUAUUCCUCCCAAAUUGAAAGUGUUUAUCUGGAAAAUCUUUCAGCGAAUCUUGCCAACUACUGAAGCCCUAAUAGAGAAGGAUGUUCAUGUGCUCUUCCCAGAUGUCCGGUUUGUUGGGCAGAUUCAGAAACAAUGGAACAUUUGUUUCUCUAAUAUUGCCCGGUGGCGCGACCCCUUUGGGACUAUUUAAGUCUGGAGUAUCUUGGUCAAGGGUUGCCUCGUCAUACCUUCCCGCUCUUUCUAAAAAAGCUGAUGUCAUUAAUACACCAACCUUCUCUGUUCAUGGAGGUUGUUACCAUCCUAUGGAGGAUCUGGCAGUCUCGUAACUGGGUUGUCUUUGAGGGUAAAUAGUUUGGGAUCCCUGCCUUGAUGCGUCAGUUUUACCAGCAAUAUGAGGAGUGGAUAAGCUUGCCGGUAGAUCUCACACCUCAGGCUUCCAUCCCUUUGGUACAACAAUUGGGUCCUAGGGGGACUAAUACAGUUGUUUGUAUGUGGGAUGGGGCUACAAGAAGUGGUCUCAUUCGGCUGAGGGAUGGUUAUUUUGAAACUAGCUAGGGAAAUCCUUAUGGCUAAGGGGGUUCAAAUCAUGUUGAUUGAUGACCCCAUGGUGGUCAAAUUGGUCGUGCUCUGGGAGGCUAUUUUGUGGUGCUUGAGCCAUGGCUUCACAGAAUGAGUUUCGAAGGAGAUGCCAAGGUGACUAUUGAGAAGAUCAAUUGGGCUGAUAUCAGAGAUAACAGGAUGGGGGCUAUUCUUGAAGAAAUCAUGCAUUAUUUUGUCAUCCACUCUGGGUUUAGUGUUCAAUUUGUAGGUCGACGUAAUAAUAGGGUAGUCCAUGUGGUGGCUAGAAGGCUCUGUCUUUGUACCCGACUAUGAGUCGUUUUUUUUAUUUCCAGACCUUGCUGAUCUCUAGGAUGUAACUGCCUAUUCUUUGAAUCAAUAUAUGAUUAUCUUUUGUAAAAAAACCUCUUUGUAUGGACAUCCCUACCUGGCAAGGGACUCGUUUGGAUAUGGAAAGGAUCUGUGUUGAGCUCAAAGCAUGUUACCAAAGGUUCAUAAAUUUCAACUGGCUCUAGAUGUGGGUAAAAAAGUCCUUGAGUAAGGAGGAAGAUGAAACCAGGAAGAAAAAUUUUGAGCCAAUUGUUGUGGAAGCUGAAAUUGUAAGGAAUACGGCAGAUUCUGCUGAAGGUGUUAUCCCAACUAUGGUUAUGGAUAAGAGGAAUAGCGUUGUUAGUCUAAGGUGGUUAGGAAUAUUCCAUUUCAAAUGGCUAUUUUUAACCCUUGCCCUGUGGCUACUGGUAGUAUUAUGCGAGGUCCUGUUGCGAGGUACUAUUGUGGAUGCUGAUGGUUUCCAACUUGUCAAAUGCAUAAGGAAAAGUAAGAGUGGCAAUCAGGGUUCCAAUAGUGGUCAAUGUUAGGGAUGCAAUCUGUUGCACUACUAGCACCUCAGUAGUAUAAAAAAUUAAUACCACAACCUCGCUCUUCAUCUAGUCAACAACAAGUUUGUCGAAAAUUUGCUCCUCCCUUUCCUCCUAAGGGUAGAGAAAGAGGUAAUAAGAAAAGGUAAUAUGAAUAUAUUUAGCUGGAACCUCAGAGGGUUUAAUUCCUCCGAGAAGCAAAGAAUCUUAUUAGCUAAAAUGAAUAAAUUGUUCAUAGGUAUAGUAGUUGUUUUGGAGAAUAGGGUGUUAGAAAAGAAUAGCAGGAUAUAGGCAAAUGAAUUUUUCUCUAAGUGAGAACAUAUGAAUAAUUGCAACCAUUAUAGUUUUGGUCGAGUUUGGUUAUAUUGGAAGUCAGGUUUAUACUUGCCCACUUGCAGAAGGUUGAUACAAACAUGAAGAGGCUGGAUCAGUUUGUUCCUCACACCACCAAUAACUUUGAAGAACAAAAGGUGAUAAAAAAAAUACCAAGGUUCAAGAAAGCGCUAGGCGUAAGGCGAGCGUUGAGACUCUGCCUUGUGUCUAGCAUGCUUAGGCGCCGCAUAGGAGUGCCUAGCGUUAGAUGUAGAAUGUUUGGUAAAGGUUCCAAAAGGAAAAGUGAAGAAUGUUUUGGCUAAGGAGGAGAUUCGUCUUUCCAGCAGGUUUUGUAAUCUUGGAUAAGGCGGAAAACAGAAAGGUGCCACUCAUUUCGGGAAGACAACCAUACCUACUGGAGAUGUGGAGGUAAACUGACACUUUGAGUGGGUAAAGAAGAGGUGAGUUCCAAGUCAAUCAAUUUCUGGAUACAUCAUAUAAAACUGGAAGUUAAAUUCAGGAAAGAAAAUGUACCUCUGGCUUAGAAAAAGUUAUGCAGAAAUGUCCCAAGCCAUAUGUGGAAGAUGUGAAUGUGGUAUUACAAAUAUUUGGGUAAAGAUUUCAAUCUUCUUGUCAUUUUUUAUAAGGGUGUUAUAGGUUUACUUUUGUGAUUUAAGUACUACUUAAGGGAUUCAAACCUGGGACCUCCAGGUUCAAAGGCUACUGAUAUUACCACUUGACCAAACCUUUGUUCGUUAUUCCUUCUUCACUACCUAAAAGACUGGAUGAGUACUUGCUUGAGGGGCUUCAAUACCACCUACACCUCACUGAAGGAUCAAACAAGCAAAUGAACAAGGUCAUCCCCAAAUUUUGUACACCUAGCUUAGUAGAGAUAGCUCAUAUGUUGGAUGGUGGUUAUACUUUUUAUCAUUGUUUGGAUAGGUAUUCUAGAAACCUAUUGAUUGUCAUUGGUUGAGAGCUGCAAUAUUGUGAAGCUCAAGACUUGAAACAAGCGCUUUUGUGAGGCAACCCAAUGUUAGUUUUUAUUUUGGAUUAAUAACUUAAAUUAGCCAAACUAUACACUAAUAUACUAAUUUGGCCCCUGGUUUCUGAAAUACCUAUCCCGACCUAAACUAUUCACUAUAUAGACUAACUUGUCCGAACCCGUGGGUUGACAAUCAAGUAAGACGGUCAACACCGUUGCUAGUGGUCAACAUGCCAUGUCAGCAUAAAAAAUUUAAAUAUUUAUUUUAAAUAUUUGUCCUAUCUAGGGAUGGCAAAAAUAUUUGCAACCGGGGAUAUCUGCGCAAAUCCGACCUAAAUGGGUAGGGUAAAACUCGAGCUUGAAGAAUUUUUAGUAGGUACGAUUAAUACUCGGACCCGAAUAUUGCGGAUAAUGGGCGGGUAUGGUUUUCUCACUAUCUAACCCAAACCCGCUCGAUUAUACACAAACAUAUAUUUUUUUUUUCAAGAAAUACUCAUUAUUUUU